CGCGCUCCCCUCACGCUGCCCCAAGAUGGCGGCGCCCUUGGCGCUGCAGCUGCAGGAGCUGCUCGACCCCCGGCCGUGCCCGCGGGACCCCGAGGACGACGCGGAGGAAGCUACAGUUGCUAAAGUGAUUGAYAGAUUUGAGGAUGAAACCACAGAUGACAUUUUGCCUGUUGGUAAUAUCAGGAAAAGAGCUUCAGCCUCUCUCCUGGAAGCUGAUAAGAGGUACAGUGGAAAAGCUACAUCUCGRAAAGCUCUGCAGGAAGAGCUCUGGGGAGAUGCUCUGGCUGAAGAAGGAUCUGCUGARGAAGCUGAAGAUGACUGGUACAGUGGCAGUGAAGGCUCAGAAGAGGAUGACAGUGUUGGCUCUAAGGCCAGGGAGAAGCCCAGCAGUGCUGGCAGUGAGCAGGAGGAUGACUUGGGAGAUGAUGAAGAGGAGGAUCCAUCCAAGGCCAAGGCACCAAAGUUCACCUUCCAGAAUAUCACAGACUUUGAGAAGUUUACAGAGGGGAUGGAUGAUGCAGGGAGCAGUGAAGGGGAGGGUGAUGAUGAGGAUGAAGAUGAAGAUGAAGAUGAAGCUGACAUGGAAGGAAGCGAGGAGGAAGAAUAUGGGAGUGAAAACCACGACGCCGGAAAGGAAACCAAAGACAGUGAAGAUGAUGGGGGGGUGAUGACCUUCUCCAGAGCACAGGAGUCUGAAGAAGUGGAGAAGGGCAAAGCUGUGAGGAACCAGCUAGCCCUGUGGGAUCAGCUGAUGGAAGGGAGGAUCAAGAUGCAGAAGGUGCUGAUGACAGCCAACAGGCUCCCCCAGCCAGACACCUACCCCAGGUUCAAGAAGGAGGGGGGACAGGACUUUGACAACGCUGUGGAGAGCUGUUGUAAAUCCCUGGAGGCCUUGCUGAAAGUACUGGUGGAACUUCAGGAUGAGCUGCUUUAUCAGUACCCAGGCACGAGGCAUCUGRUCGAUGGAAAGCAAGCAAAAACUGAGAGUGAGGAUGAAAUCCCCAGCAGUAGCGAUGAGGARCAAGUGGAGAAGGCUCAGGAGAAGAGGAGGCGCCUCCCCAAACGRAAGCUGAAGUUUGAGGAGUACCCUGAGUUCAUUGCCAAGCGCUACAAGGACUUCAGGACCUACAGGAACAGCRUCCUGCAGAAGUGGCACGACAAGACAAAGCUGGCAACUGGCAAAAUGGGAAAGGGUUUCGGUGCCUUUGAGCGCUCCGUGGUGGCGCAGAUCGAUCACGUGCUGAUGGACAGGGAGCGAUUGCUGCGGCGCACCCAGACCCGCCGCUCCCUCUACCCCGUGCUGGGUAAACCAGAGCAAGAGCCACCCCCAGCCCCACAGCCCGGCCCUGACAGCUCGGAAGUCCUCCCUCCCUCAGAGUCCAACAGGCACCUGAAGGACAUCGAUGAGGAGAUCUUUGAUGAUGAUGACUUUUAUCACCAGCUUCUGCGAGAGCUGAUCGAGCGGAAAACCACAUCCCUGGACCCCAAUGACCAGGUGGCCAUGGGCAGGCAGUGGUUGGCCAUCCAGAAGUUACGGAGCAAAAUAAAGAAGAAAGUUGACAGAAAAGCCAGCAAAGGAAGGAGAAUCCGGUACCACGUCCACAGCAAGCUGGUGAGCUUCAUGGCACCUAUUGACCACUGCACCAUGAAUGAUGAUGCCAGGACGGAGCUUUAUCGGUCGCUGUUUGGCAAAGUCACCAAYGGAGAAGAAGUGGAGCAGAAUUAGGACUGAGUGUUCUCCCUGCUGCUCCUGCCCUCAGCUGCUCCUCAGGCUGCCCAGGAGCAGAUCCAGCUCUCUCUGGUUUGUCCCAAAAAUCCUCCCUGGAGGAGCAUCAAAUCCUGCAAAACCUGAGGGAAAGAGUGGGGGCACUGAGCCUGGCUGAACCCCAAAUGUCCCCUCCCAAAGAUGAUCCAUUUUUAACUAUUCCCUUUAAAUUCCUGACCUUGAUUUGGCAGUCUGGGCUCAGUGUGGGUGGAGGGACACAACCCAGCCCCCCCUGCAGUCAGGUCCCCCCACGAUUGUGUUAAAACCUUGGAGAUUUGGGGGCUGAGGGGGGUUCAGUGCCCUGUUCCGGUCCUUGGUUGUGUACUGGGAACGUGUGACUCCAUUUUUCACGAGUCAAGAGGAUUUAAAUGUCAUUUACAUAAUGAACGUGGCCUUAAAACAGAGAAAAGGUGAUGCUGUGCAGGYCCCAGAGCUCCCAGUUCCCUGUUGAGCACAYUCAGGGACAUUUCCUGACCGUGACACGGGGAUUCUGCUGCUGGAGGAACAUCCUGGGCAUUUUUCCAGCCCAGCAUUGAUGCUGCACCCUCAAUUCUUGCAGCUGCUCAAGAUUCUGUCACCGUGGCUGUGACACCCCGGGCAGCAUCCCAGCACCCAGCAGAGGAGACUUGGGAGGGGCUUGUGGGGUUUAAAUCCAAAGRUCACACAAGUGGGAGAGUAAAUCCCAAUAAAGGGAAUUUGGGAUGUGCACUGAGCAGUCAGAAAUGGGAUUCUCUGCUGUCACUGGUUCAUGGUUUGUCUCUGGCUGGGGUUUGGGCACUGAAAUUAAAGUGGUGUUAGAGCUGCUGUCCGGGUGUGAUCCGUGCAGGAAAGGUGCCACUCUCCAUCCCGUGUCACUCGUGUCCCCUGCAACGGUGUCCCCUCCCUCCCUGUGUCCCUCCUGUGUCCUCUGCAGCUGCUCUCGGGUGUUUUUCCGUUCCCGUUCCCGUUCUGGCUGGGUGUUAAAGGGUAACUCGAGCCCCUUGCAGCGCGAUAACUUCUCGCCGC